GACCUCGAACUAUUUACAUCGAGCCGUGGCAAGGAGGUUUGAUUUUGGAACCCAAUCCCACCAAAACCCAAACCCAUGCUCCAAAAAAUCCAAACUUGACCAUGGUCCUAUCUUCUUGACAGUCGCUGCUCCCGCCAUUUCUGAGCAGAACAAAGCCAUAAUGUUAUCUUCUUCAUCUCUAUACUCCAACCCACAUCCCCACCUCCGUCUUCUUCAUUUCCGCACUCCCAAUCCUCUGUCCAAUGUCGUCCUCCACCUCCCCUCCAACCAGAAACCCAACGCCACCGUCGCCUCCGCUGAUCUCCGCCGCAACAAUCCGACGGAAAAACCAUCCACCAACGUCUCCGAUCCUAUCCAGCCGGAACCCCGCAAACACAACUCCAAAUCCGCCGCCCUUGUUAACCAGUACCUAUCAUCCGGCGAAUCCCCAAAUCCACAAAACCUAGAACCCCCUUUGCCCGAAGAAGAGAAAGUGAAGCUUCUCGAACUCUCGCUUGUGAGAAAACGAACCCCUCAAUUUCCUGGAUCGAUUUAUGUUCAAUCCCCGAGUGAUUCCGAUGUGGGUUCUUCUCUCCCUCCCCUGCAAUCUCUGUUUCGAAAUGCAGGAAGUGAGUUUGAUGGUGAAGAUGACCGGAAGAUAAUAAGGAGAGCUCUAGAGAUUCGCCGGAAGGUAACCUCCGAGAUCUUCAAGGAGGCGAUGCGGAAAGGGAAAUUUGGAAUCACUUACACCGACAAUUUGCUCGGUUGGUUGCCUGAUUUCAUCGAUUUUGUAAUGAUUCAAGCCGCGUCGAUGAAGCAGUUGCCUGAAUUUGCUCAUUUGUCGUUCAAUCUUCGUGCCAAGACCGUCAUUGAAGAAUCAAAUGUGGUACCUCUUAUCAGGUGGUUGAAGCAUAACUCAUUGUCAUAUCCACAGAUAGGUAAGCUCAUAUGCAUGUCGAAGGGAAAGCUUGAAUCCAUUAGACGUCUUGUGGAAUGGCUGAAGGGGAUUCAUGUAAAGGGAGGAUAUCUUGGACUUACACUCACUAAAGCUGGAGGGAAUAUAUUGGAGCGCAGCAAUGAUGAACUAGAUGAAAUUGUGAGCUACUUAGAGAGUAAUGGAGUUAGAAUGGUUUGGAUUGGCUUUGUUAUGAGUCGAUGUCCUUAUUUGCUGUCUUACAGUUUGGAAGAACUGAAAAGUCGUGUGGAGUUCUUCUUGAAUAUGGGUAUGAAUGAGAAAGACUUUGGUACAAUGGUCUUUGAUUUCCCUAAGGUGCUUGGUCAGUAUAGUCUUGAAGAUAUGAACCAAAAGGUCAACUAUUUAAAGGAGUUCGGGCUUGAGAUUGAGGAUAUAGGCAGAUUACUGGCAUACAAACCACAGUUGAUGAAUGGUAGCAUUGAGGGUAAAUGGAAGCCUCUUGUUAAGUACUUCUACUAUCUUGGAAUUUCCAAAGAGGGUUUGAGGAGGAUGCUUACAAUAAAGCCAGUGGUUUUCUGCCUUGAUCUGGAGACCAUCAUUGUGCCAAAGGUGCAAUUCUUCAGAGACAUAGGAGUUCGAGAUGACGGGAUUAGUAACAUGCUUGUGAAGUUUCCAUCAUUAUUGACAUUCAGCCUGUACAAGAAAAUCCGUCCUGUUGUCAUAUUCUUGAUGACUAAAGCAGGAGUCAGGGAGAAAGACAUUGGGAAAGUUAUAGCUUUGGGACCGGAACUUUUUGGUUAUAGCAUAGUGCAUAAGCUUGAGGUCAAUCUAAAGUAUUUUCUGUCACUCGGCAUACAUACCCGGACUCUAGGAGAAAUGAUUGCUGAUUUUCCUAUGCUGCUACGAUAUAAUAUCGACAUUCUUCGACCAAAGUAUCAAUAUUUGCGGAGAACCAUGGUUCGCCCUCUGCAAGAUAUUAUAGACUUUCCAAGGUUUUUCAGCUAUUCUCUGGAGGGGCGCAUCAUUCCUAGGCAUCAAGUUCUGGUUGAGAAUCAUAUAAAUCUCAAUCUGCGUUCCAUGUUAGCUUGCACAGAUGAAGAGUUUAAGAACAAGGUUGCAGAUAUAGUGGAAAAACGCCAAAGAUUUGAAUCCGGUAAUGUGGAUGGUUCUCUCUCCGUUGUCCAUACGACUCGCAACUCUAUCGACUCGACUACACUAGAUGACUCAUUGGGUGAAACUAGAGAAGAUUGAUUUGAUGGUCUUGAACUUUCAACUUCCCUCCCCACUUAAAAGAAUAUGGCACAGACGAAGAGCUCAAACUUGUUCUUAUUGCACCAUUAUCGGGAUGGAUCGGGUCAUGUUUCUAUGAUAAUUCAUAGCUAUCCAAAGACAUUAGAGAACAAAAGACUUUCAUCCCAACAGAGAGAAGGUAAGGAAUGCUAAACACCUAUCAACUUCUUCCACCAUGCUGUAUACAUAUUGUAUCAAAUGAUUUUCUAUCUGUGUAAAUAGUUAAAGGUUUGAACUAAAUGUGAUGAUUUACGAGUCCCGAUCCAUCUGUAGCAGAGCGAUUGCAUAGCAAAAAAACGCUAUAAAAGAACUACGAGGACAAAGACAAGGGUGGACACAACUAUGGCUGCAAGAUAUCACAAAUGUACAUGUCAUAAAGUUCCCUGUUUUUCAGAUGGUGCCACAUUUCUUCUGUUUUUCAGCUCUUCAUAUGGAUGGCUGAGGGCAACAACUUUCAAUGAAAACAGUAAUAGCUUCUAUAAAUGUUCAAAAAGAAAGCAAAAAUGGUGUAUUGUACUACGAACAGACGCAUGCAAAUUCCUUAUAAUUUAAUGCCUCAAAGUGUUACUCUA